GGAGGCAUGAGCGCCCUGCCGUUACCGCUCCUCCUGCCGUACAGUUGCCACUUCGGGGCCUAACUCUGGCUCUUUGGAGCGGCUCCUGUGGGAAGGAGUCAUAAGGAGGGAAGCGAGGAUUGGACGCUGCUUUGCGUUUGGUCUGCAGUAGAAGAACUGACCAAGGAGGAAGAGAAUAGGGGGGAAGGGGGAGCUAGUCUCAAGAUGGCGGCUCCCAGGGCGGCAGGCGCAGCCUGAGCAGCGGAGGCGGACUCAACAGAGAGGUGCGAGACCUCACGAGCCGUACGGUGCGGGCCUCGGAGCCGCCCCGGAGAGUUCGAGCUGGUUCCACUGGCCUCCGGCGUGACUCCAUUCCUUAGGAGAAUCGGGGGUGUUUCGGGAGCGGCAGCUGUACUAAGUGCUAGGCGGGGAAGCGGGACAGUCUCAAGAUGGCGGCUCCCACAAUUGUGGUCUGAGCGCCGGCGGGGCUGAGACGACCGCGGCGCUUGUGGCUCCUUUCCACCCGCCCCGGAAGCCGGCCAGUGCUGGGGACUUGGGGGUGUGGGAACCGGGCCGGGGUUCCGCCAUUUCCGGCGGGGGAGGGCUACGACUGAGGAAGGGAGGAGAGAGAGGCGGCUCAAGAUGGCGGCUCCCAGGGCCUCCCGCCCGAGCUUGUAAGCGGGAGCACCCGAACAAAUAGUCAGGGCGGCAGAACUCGACGGCCACCAGCUUCUCGGGCUUAGGUAGUUGACAGUUUCGGGAAGCUCUUGGGGAGACGGGGCGAGCGAGAAGAAGGGGAAGAGCCAAAGGGAAGGAGGGUAGUUAAGAUGGCGGCCUCCAUGGAGUCGUCCACCGCUGUGUGAGGAACCGCUUCUCCGUGAGAACUGCCUUAGGCGAAAGGGGGGGUGUGUGAGAGGAAUUGAGGGGUUCCCUUCCCGCCUGGUGAUUUCUUCCCACCGCACCCUUUCUUGGAACUAUGGCUUCGGCCGUGUCGCCCGCCAACUCGCCAGCGGUGCUUCUGCAACCCCGCUGGAAGCGAGUGGUGGGCUGGUCGGGUCCGGUGCCCCGACCCCGCCACGGCCACCGCGCCGUGGCCAUCAAGGAGCUCAUCGUGGUGUUUGGUGGCGGCAACGAAGGGAUAGUGGACGAACUGCACGUGUACAACACGGCAACCAACCAGUGGUUCAUCCCGGCUGUGAGAGGGGACAUCCCUCCGGGGUGUGCUGCCUAUGGCUUCGUAUGUGAUGGUACUCGCCUGCUGGUGUUUGGUGGGAUGGUGGAGUACGGGAAAUACAGCAACGAUCUCUACGAGCUCCAGGCAAGCCGGUGGGAGUGGAAGAGACUCAAAGCAAAAACGCCCAAAAACGGGCCCCCUCCAUGUCCUCGGCUUGGGCACAGCUUCUCCCUUGUGGGCAACAAAUGCUACCUAUUUGGGGGUCUGGCCAACGAUAGCGAGGACCCCAAGAACAACAUUCCAAGGUACCUGAAUGACUUAUAUAUCCUGGAAUUACGGCCAGGCUCUGGAGUGGUAGCCUGGGAUAUCCCCAUCACUUACGGAGUCUUGCCUCCACCUCGAGAGUCACAUACUGCUGUGGUCUACACAGAAAAAGACAAUAAGAAAUCCAAAUUGGUGAUCUAUGGAGGGAUGAGUGGCUGCAGGCUAGGAGAUCUCUGGACCCUGGAUAUUGAGACGCUGACAUGGAAUAAGCCCAGUCUCAGUGGGGUGGCACCCCUUCCUCGCAGUCUUCACUCUGCAACUACCAUAGGAAACAAAAUGUAUGUGUUUGGUGGCUGGGUGCCUCUCGUCAUGGAUGAUGUCAAAGUGGCCACACACGAGAAGGAGUGGAAGUGUACCAACACGCUGGCUUGUCUCAACCUGGAUACCAUGGCCUGGGAGACCAUCCUGAUGGACACACUGGAGGACAACAUUCCUCGUGCUCGAGCUGGCCACUGUGCAGUUGCCAUCAAUACCCGCCUGUAUAUUUGGAGUGGGCGCGAUGGCUACCGGAAGGCCUGGAACAACCAGGUCUGCUGCAAGGACCUCUGGUACUUGGAGACAGAAAAGCCACCACCCCCGGCCCGGGUACAACUGGUACGAGCCAACACCAACUCCCUGGAGGUGAGCUGGGGGGCAGUGGCAACAGCCGACAGUUACCUUCUGCAGCUCCAGAAAUAUGACAUUCCUGCCACGGCUGCUACUGCCACCUCCCCCACACCCAAUCCAGUCCCAUCUGUGCCUGCCAACCCUCCCAAGAGCCCUGCCCCAGCAGCAGCCGCACCUGCUGUGCAGCCGCUGACCCAAGUAGGCAUCACGCUCCUGCCCCAGGCUGCCGCCGCGCCCCCGACCACCACCACCAUCCAGGUCUUGCCGACAGUGCCAGGGAGCUCCAUUUCUGUGCCCACUGCAGCCAGGACUCAAGGUGUCCCUGCUGUUCUCAAAGUGACUGGUCCUCAGGCUACAACAGGAACCCCAUUGGUCACAAUGCGGCCUGCCAGCCAGGCUGGGAAAGCCCCUGUCACUGUGACCUCCUUGCCUGCCGGUGUGCGAAUGGUUGUGCCCACACAGAGUGCCCAGGGGACGGUGAUUGGUAGCAGUCCGCAGAUGAGUGGAAUGGCCGCAUUGGCAGCUGCUGCUGCUGCCACCCAGAAAAUCCCUCCUUCUUCAGCGCCUACAGUGCUGAGUGUCCCAGCGGGCACCACCAUCGUCAAGACUGUGGCUGUGACACCUGGCACGACCACCCUCCCAGCCACUGUGAAGGUGGCCUCCUCUCCCGUCAUGGUGAGCAAUCCUGCUACUCGUAUGCUGAAGACUGCAGCUGCCCAAGUGGGGACAUCAGUCUCCUCUGCCGCUAACACAUCUACCCGCCCUAUUAUCACGGUGCACAAGUCAGGGACCGUGACCGUGGCCCAGCAAGCCCAGGUGGUGACCACAGUUGUAGGUGGGGUCACCAAGACCAUCACCCUUGUGAAGAGCCCCAUCUCCGUACCAGGAGGCAGUGCUUUGAUUUCCAAUCUGGGCAAAGUGAUGUCAGUGGUCCAGACCAAACCAGUUCAGACUUCAGCAGUCACAGGCCAGGCAUCUACGGGUCCUGUAACUCAGAUCAUCCAGACCAAAGGACCCCUGCCAGCAGGGACAAUCCUGAAGCUGGUGACCUCAGCAGAUGGAAAACCUACCACCAUCAUCACCACCACGCAGGCCAGUGGAGCAGGGACCAAGCCCACCAUCCUGGGCAUCAGCAGUGUCUCCCCCAGCACUACCAAACCUGGCACGACCACCAUUAUCAAGACCAUCCCCAUGUCCGCCAUCAUUACCCAGGCAGGCGCAACAGGUGUGACUAGUAGUCCUGGCAUCAAGUCCCCCAUCACCAUUAUUACCACCAAGGUUAUGACUUCAGGAACUGGAGCACCUGCUAAAAUCAUCACUGCUGUCCCCAAGAUUGCCACUGGCCAUGGGCAGCAAGGAGUGACACAGGUGGUGCUAAAGGGGGCCCCUGGACAGCCAGGCACCAUCCUCCGCACCGUGCCCAUGGGGGGCGUUCGCCUGGUCACCCCUGUCACCGUCUCUGCCGUCAAGCCAGCCGUCACCACAUUGGUUGUGAAGGGUACCACAGGUGUCACAACCCUAGGCACGGUGACGGGCACUGUUUCCACCAGCCUUGCUGGAGCUGGGGGCCACAGCACCAGCGCCUCCCUGGCCACGCCCAUCACCACAUUGGGUACCAUCGCCACCCUCUCGAGCCAGGUGAUCAACCCCACCGCCAUUACCGUGUCAGCUGCACAGACCACACUGACGGCUGCUGGCGGGCUCACCACACCCACCAUCACCAUGCAGCCUGUCUCUCAGCCUACCCAGGUGACUCUGAUUACAGCGCCUAGUGGGGUCGAGGCCCAGCCUGUGCACGAUCUCCCUGUGUCCAUUCUGGCCUCACCUACUACAGAGCAGCCCACAGCCACAGUCACCAUUGCCGACUCUGGCCAGGGUGAUGUUCAGCCUGGCACUGUGACACUGGUGUGCUCCAACCCACCCUGUGAGACCCACGAGACGGGCACUACCAACACGGCCACCACCACUGUUGUGGCCAACCUUGGGGGACACCCCCAGCCCACCCAAGUGCAGUUUGUCUGUGAUAGGCAGGAGGCAGCUGCUUCUCUUGUGACCUCAACUGUGGGGCAGCAGAAUGGUAGUGUGGUCCGCGUCUGCUCGAACCCACCCUGUGAGACCCAUGAGACAGGAACCACCAACACUGCCACCACAGCCACCUCCAACAUGGCUGGGCAGCAUGGCUGCUCAAACCCACCCUGUGAGACCCAUGAGACGGGCACCACCAGCACCGCCACGACGGCCAUGUCCAGCAUUGGUGCUGGCCAGCAACGAGAUACCCGUCGUGCCUCUACCACUCCCACUGUGGUCCGGAUCAGUGUGGUUCCUGGGGCAUUGGAGGGAGCCCAAGGUUCUGUCAAGUCCCAGUGCCAAACCCGCCAGACCAGUGCGACCAGCACCACCAUGACUGUGAUGGCCACUGGGGCCCCAUGCUCAACUGGCUCCCUGCUGAGGCCAAGCUUGGCCCUGGAGGCUGGGGUCCACAGCCCUGCUUUUGUGCAGUUGGCCCCUCUGAGUGGUAAAGUUGGGCCAAGUGGCCCCAGCAACAAGGACGUGCUCCUGGGGCGCCAGUUGGAGACGCAUCACACACACACAACCAACACCCCCACCAUGGCACGCUCCAUCAUAGGUACUGGGGAGCCCAGUGCAGCUCGUGUGGUCCCCACACCUGCAUACGAGAGCCUCCAAACCAGUUCACCCAGCACCACUGUAACUGUGACGGCCCUGGAGGCUCUGCUGUGCCCCUCAUCCACAGUGACCCAAGUCUGCUCCAACCCGCCAUGCGAGACCCAUGAGACAGGCACCACCAACACCGCCACUACCUCCAAUGCAGGCAGCGCCCAGCGGGUGUGCUCCAACCCGCCUUGUGAGACCCAUGAGACGGGUACCACACACACGGCCACCACUGCCACCUCAAAUGGGGGGGCAGGCCAGCCCGAGGGUGGGCAGCAGCCCCCUGCUGGCCGACCCUGUGAGACGCACCAGACCACUUCCACAGGCACCACCAUGUCAGUCAGCGUGGGUGCCCUGCUCCCUGAUGCUGCCCCAUCCCACAGGACCCUGGAGUCCAGCUUGGAGGCAGCAGCAGUGCCCACCAUCACCUCCCAGGCUGGUGCUGCAUUGCUGGCUCCUUUCCCAACACAGAGGGUGUGCUCCAACCCCCCCUGUGAGACCCACGAGACGGGCACCACACACACAGCCACCACUGUCACCUCCAACAUGAGCUCAAAUCAAGAUCCCCCACCAGCUGCCAGUGAUCAGGGAGAAGUGGAGAGCACCCAGGGUGACAGUGUGAACAUCGCCAGCUCCAGUGCCAUCACAACAACCGUGUCCUCCACGCUGCCACGGGCAGUGACCACCGUGACACAGUCCACACCUGUUCCAGGCCCUUCCGUGCCGAAGAUUUCAUCACUGACUGAGACUACCCCAGGGGCUCUGACUUCCGAAGUCCCCAUCCCAGCCACGAUAACAGUGACCAUAGCCAACACAGAAACUUCUGACAUGCCCUUCUCUGCUGUUGACAUCCUGCAGCCCCCAGAGGAACUCCAGGUCUCACCAGGACCUCGCCAGCAGCUGCCGCCACGGCAACUCCUGCAGUCUUCCUCCACACCCCUGAUGGGGGAGUCCACCGAGGUCCUGUCAGCCUCCCAGACCCCUGAGCUUCAGACUGCCGUGGAUCUGAGCAGCACAGGGGACCCAUCUUCAGGCCAGGAGCCUGCCAGCUCAGCGGUAGUGGCCACUGUGGUGGUCCAGCCACCCCAGCCCACACAGUCUGAAGUAGACCAGUUAACACUUCCCCAAGAGCUGAUGGCUGAGGCCCAGGCGGGCACCACCACCCUCAUGGUAACAGGGCUCACCCCUGAGGAGCUUGCAGUGACUGCUGCUGCAGAAGCAGCUGCCCAGGCUGCAGCCACCGAGGAGGCCCAGGCCCUGGCCAUCCAGGCAGUGCUCCAGGCCGCACAGCAGGCUGUCAUGGCAGGCACCGGGGAGCCCAUGGACACAUCCGAGGCGGCAGCAGCUGUGACACAAGCAGAGCUGGGUCACCUUUCAGCCGAGGGCCAGGAGGGCCAGGCCACCACCAUCCCUAUUGUGCUGACGCAGCAGGAAUUGGCUGCCUUGGUGCAGCAGCAGCAGCAGCUGCAGGAGGCCCAGGCCCAGGCCCAGCAGCAGCACCACCUCCCUACCGAGGCCCUAGCCCCAGCCGACAGCCUCAAUGACCCAACCAUCGAAAGCAACUGCCUCAAUGAGCUGGCUGGUGCUGUCCCCAGUACCGUGGCUCUGCUGCCUUCAACAGCCACUGAGAGCCUGGCUCCGUCCAACACCUUUGUGGCCCCCCAGCCAGUUGUGGUAGCUAGCCCAGCGAAGCUACAGGCUGCAGCUACCCUAACUGAAGUGGCCAAUGGCAUAGAGUCCCUGGGUGUGAAGCCAGACCUGCCACCACCACCCAGCAAAGCCCCUGUGAAGAAGGAGAACCAAUGGUUUGAUGUGGGGGUCAUUAAGGGCACCAAUGUGAUGGUGACUCACUAUUUCCUGCCACCUGAUGAUGCUGUCCCAUCAGAUGAUGACUCGGGCACUGUCCCUGACUAUAACCAACUGAAGAAGCAGGAGCUACAGCCAGGCACAGCCUAUAAGUUUCGUGUUGCUGGUAUCAACGCUUGUGGCCGGGGGCCCUUCAGCGAGAUCUCAGCCUUUAAGACAUGUCUGCCUGGUUUCCCAGGGGCCCCUUGUGCCAUUAAAAUCAGCAAAAGUCCAGACGGUGCUCACCUCACCUGGGAGCCGCCCUCUGUGACCUCCGGCAAGAUCAUCGAGUACUCUGUGUACCUGGCCAUCCAGAGCUCACAGGCUGGCGGCGAGCCCAAGAGCUCAACCCCAGCCCAGCUGGCCUUUAUGCGAGUGUACUGCGGGCCCAGCCCCUCUUGCCUUGUGCAGUCCUCCAGUCUCUCCAAUGCCCACAUUGACUACACCACCAAGCCCGCCAUCAUCUUCCGCAUCGCUGCCCGCAAUGAGAAGGGGUAUGGCCCAGCCACACAAGUGAGGUGGUUGCAAGAAACCAGUAAAGACAGCUCAGGCACCAAGCCGGCCAGCAAGCGGCCUAUGUCCUCUCCGGAAAUGAAAUCUGCUCCAAAGAAAUCUAAGGCAGAUGGUCAGUGAAAGUAAGCUGACCAGCACCUGGAUUCUUCUCCAGACCCCCUCUGCUUCAGGAACCACCCAUCAGGGGCUGCCCUGCCUGCCCCGCCUGCCCGGCAUUCGCACUUCACCCUCACCAGCCACUGGCCACCAUUCAUGCUCCUUCUUUCUGUCUGUUUUUACAAUAAAGAAAGCACAUUUUA